AUGGCACCGGCCAACGGCACCAACUCGUACUCCCAGAGCCAGAGCCAGACCCAGUCCCAGUCCCGGUCCGUAUCACACCUGCCAUCCUCCCCCAACACCGGCCAGCUUGGCGCUCCCCCGGCCAGCGAUGCCGCCGCCGCCGCCGCCGCCGCCGAUGCGCUCGCAGCUGCAAACGCAGUCGCCAUGCUGAAGCAGAGAUACGCGACGUGCAGCCUGGCAGAAGCCGCUGGCGCCUCUGGCCGAGGAAGCCAACUACACCAGCUGUCCGCCAUCGCCGCUGCCCAGGACAGGAUGGGCGUCGAUCCCGCCGCGUGCUCGAGGAAGCGAAUGGCCGACGGAGAGGUCAAGCCGCGCGGCAGAAGCAUCAGCCCGCUCAAAGCCCACUCUCGGACAACGAGCGCAAGCGCGGCAAGCAUCACUUCGACUCCUGGCAGUACCCUCGGCGAGCUUUCUGCCGAGUUGAAAACACGGCUGUCGUACGCCAUGGUCAAGGUGAACCACGGCUGGCAGACCAGAUCCCUGGACGAGGUGGAAGGCCUCGCCUCGCAAGCUUCGUCUCCCACGUCGAGCACCUCUGCCGCUUACCGCAGAUCAGGGUCUUCGGCCAGCCCGCGCCUUGCCCAAAGCGCCCCCGCGUCGCAGGCUCGCUUUGCCAACCCCGACCCGACGGCCGCUCACCGGUGCAAGUCAACGUCGCCACCGACGACGGCCCUGUCCCACAAGCCGAAGCUUGCGCCCCCCGCGCCCGUACGGCCGUCCGCGCCCGCGCCCGCGCCGGCCCCGCGGUCGAACCCGCGGUCGAACCCGCGGCGCAGCUCGAGCCCGCCGCGCUCCACGCCCACCAUGCUCUCCCGUCCACACCUGGCCUCGUCGUCGUCGUCGUCGUCGUUUCACGCCACGCCGCGGAGCAGCGCGGAUCCCGUGCUCUACUCGCCGCACAAGAACGUCCGAGAGCAAGACGCCAUCGAGACUCUGCUCUUCAUGAGCAGCCCCGGCAACUCGGCCAGCUUGAAGCACGGCUUUUCGCCGUCCGGGUCGCCCGGUCCGCACUCCGCCGCCCCUCUGCCCGGCGGCGCCGGCAACCGGCACGCCCUUCCGUCGGGGCCGCGAAGAGGCCUGCCGUCCAACAGACCCUCCCUGCCCGGUGCGACAACAAGAGGCUGCUCGGACAAGUCCCCACCCGGCCGGGGCUCUCCUCAGCAGUACCACACGCCCAAGCGUCCCGCCGUGGGAUGCCACCGGACCACGCUCUCGCUCCCCAGCGGUCUGGGCAUCGGGAACGGCACGAGGAGAAAAGUCCCGAGGGACGAGGACAUUGAGCGUAUGCUGGACUGCGCCGGAGCCGAGCUGGCCGACAGCUCUGACGACGAAGAGAUACAGCUGCCUCCGGGGCGCAACGGAUUGGCGCGUGUCAUGGGAGCCUGA